UUUGUUGAAUACGCUCAUUUAUGUCUGAUAAAGAAGAUACUAUUCAGUAUAUAGUUCAUGUGAUUCUGAGCUACUGCCCCUCGUACACAUUUGAUCACCAUGGAUAGAAUCUCCAUUUCAAGAGCUGCAGGAAUUCUUGUGGUCGCCUUGCUGUGCGGAACGGAAGUACGCCUUGCAACUGGAAUAACAAACACAGAUGGACCAACUACAACCCCUAUAUCAACCACAACUGGGCCAACCUCAACCCCUACACCAACAACAACUGGCCCCACGACAACUACGAAACCUACAACUACUAAACCUACAACUACCAUGACUACUGCAGCUGCAACCACAGUAAAUUCAACAACUGAGACUACAAUCGCCACAACAAGCAACAUGACAACUGCCAUAAGCAACAUGACAACAACCAUAAGCAACAUGACAACUGUCCUAAGCAACAUGACAACAAUCAUAAGCAACAUGACUACCACUACAAGCAUGACUACGCCAUCGGGUGGAACAACCUCGGCCCCAAAAGCUCAAUGGCAGGUGAAGGAUGAGGAUGGCAAGCUGUGUAUACUCAUGAACUUCAGUGGGACAAUAACUCUGGUGACUCGAAGCUACACUAUGAAGAUUCCAUCAGAUGCUCACGUAUCAGGAAAUUGCAGCUCACCUUCCCAUUCAGCAUUCUUUCUGUACUUUUCUGAAGGAUCUGGGCUUUCUAUACAAUAUUGGCGUUUUGGUCUGACCUUCGUCAUAAGAGGGAGCUCUUUCGAGCUUCAAAAGGUGGAAGCCUCGUGGUCUACCUUCUCCUCGGCACUGUCAUCUUCUUCGUCGGGGAAAUUUUUUGACGUGCCCGUCGGAAGCUAUUACAACUGCACCGAGUUCAACGUCAGACUGUCAUUAUUCCAGCUCAACCUCACCAAGCCUUCGUUCCAGCCGUUCGUCAAAAAGACCAAGGGAGGAGAUAUGGGAGAUGCCUACCAAUGUCGGCCUCCAUCUGCAGACUCCGCGGAUCUCGCCCUCAUCAUCGGGAUCGCCGUCGGUGUCGUCGUGGUGAUCAUCGCAGCAAUCGUGGUUACAGUCUACUUGGUGAAAAAAGGAAAGAGUCCAUCUGCCAGAGGUUACAGUAAAGAGCCCUGAUCUGACCUUUGACCUCUGACUGCGAUGCAAUGAGACUAUGAAUUCACCGUAUGCAAGCAACAUACAUUUAGACAUAACUUUGUAUCGA